AUGCCGCCAAAAAUAUUUUUGAUCUACCUCCUUAUCCCUUCGAUCUACACUCAUUCCAUCCCGUAUUCCGAUCAACUUUCCCGCCACAAAUUGAUCUACGCCGCGAUCGCUGCGUACGGUACAGUACCCCGAUACUGUAUGGAUAGAGGAUUCAAUGGCACCGCCGAGAUCAAACGACAGAUUACUGUAUCUUGUGAUACGGUAGAUUCUGGAGACACUUGUUCCGGGUUUACGGCUAUUAGUCAUGAGGACGAGGCGAUUUUGGUGGUGUUCAGAGGGACGACGAGUACCGAGCAGUUGGUUGUGGAGGGGGCGGAGACUGUGUUUGGGAGUCAGACCGCCUGGCCAUCAGGCGGCUUUGUCUCCAAGUACUUCAGCGACGGCUUCUUCAAAAUCUGGUCAUCAGGAAUGAAGGAUGACUUCAACGGUCUCAUCUCCAAGUACCCCGGCUAUCAGGUUUGGGUCACCGGUCACUCCCUGGGCGGUGCCAUGGCCUCAUUGGCAGCCAGCUACCUUCGAUUCAACCGUCUGGUCUCCUCAGAAAACUUAUUGCUCGUCACAUUCGGUCAACCGCGGACCGGAAAUUUGAUCUACGCUCAAAGCGUGGACACGCUCGUAGACAACGCCUACCGUAUCACACAUUCUCACGAUCCGGUACCCCAUGUACCCGGUAAGGGGCAUCACGGCGGGUAUUGGCAUCACAAAUCGGAAGUUUUCUACAAUCAAAAAAUGACGGGAUGGGAAAUUUGUGAAGAGGACGAGGGGCAAAGAUGCUCUAAUGCGAAUGCGGUGGAUUUGAGUUUUGAGACAAGCACCAUGGCAAAAUUGAAGUAG